AUGAGUUCAAGUUCAUACAGAGAUUCAUUUUUCCAAUACCGACAUUUAUCAGCACCACACCACAUCUUAUAUGCAGAAUGGAACCAGGAUAUACUAGCACUUCCAGACGAAAUCGGAAAUGUUGCUAUGGCCAUGGAGGAUAACGCUCGCAAUGAUGUGGGGGAAGGAAGGGCUACUCAAGAUGGGGAAAGAAACUCUAACGUACACGAAGGGAGUCAAAAUAAAACAUUGAUGACAAACGAGCAAAACAGUAACCGUUAUUGGAACUCAUUUCAUGACGAAGACGAUUGGAAUCUCUUUAACGGUAUGGAGCUCGAAAGCAAUGGGGUUGUAACGUUUGCCGGGCGCGCGUUUGAUCAUUCUGUAAACGGAGGAGUCAAUUCUGGGAACGACAGUGGCAAGGAGCCAAGAAAAGAAACGAUAACGGGUUCUAUUUUCGAUGGGCGCGUUACACAGUUGGCAUAUGCGAGAAAUAACGGUUGGCAAGAGCUAGCGCUGCCACAAUCACGAUGA